GAAAGCCGCGGGAAGCCCCCUACAUCCCCCCCGCUCCCUCUGAGAAGGAAGAGGACAUUUUCAGCGGAGCUGUCCAGAAGGGCAUCAACUUCGACAAGUACGAUGACAUCCCCGUGGAGGUGAGCGGCCGGGACCAGUGUUGCUUCAUCAGCACGUUCGACGAGGCCGGCCUCUACCCGACCUUCCUGCGCAAUAUCAAGAGGGCCAAGUACGAGAAGCCCACCCCCAUCCAGAAGUAUUCCAUCCCGAUCAUCACGGCGGGCCGAGACCUGAUGGCCUGUGCUCAGACUGGCUCGGGGAAAACCGCGGCCUUCCUCCUGCCCGUGCUGACGUCGAUGGUGACCAGCGGACUGACCACAGACAAGUACCAGGAGGUCCAGCUCCCCCAGGCCAUCUGCGUGGCCCCCACCAGAGAGUUGGCCCUGCAGAUCUACAACGACUGCCGCAAGUUCUCGUAUGAGACGGAGGUCCGGGCCGUGGUCCUGUACGGCGGGACCUCGGUGGGCUACCAGAUGCGCCAGGUAGAGAACGGCGCCAACUUUGUCAUUGGCACGCCAGGAAGGCUGCUGGAUGUGAUCAACCGCGGGAAGAUCAGCCUGAGCAAGUGUUCGUUCCUGAUUCUGGACGAAGCCGACAGAAUGCUGGACAUGGGAUUUGAACCAGACAUUCGGAAGCUCGUGGAGACGAUGGGCAUGCCGGCUAAGACAGAGAGACAGACACUUAUGUUCUCAGCCACUUUCCCCGAGGAGAUUCAGAAGUUGGCUGCAGACUUUUUGAACGAUUAUCUGUUUGUGACGGUGGGUCGAGUCGGAGGAGCCAACACAGACGUGACACAGAACUUCUUCGAAGUGGACAGGUUGCAGAAGAGAGAUUCCUUGUGUGAUAUCUUGAACGCUGGAG